AUGGCGAGUGCGCCGGGAGUGGUCGUCCUUGGUGCUGCUGUAUCCACUGCAAACAUGUCUGGGUCUGGAAAGUUGUGAUGCAAGUCAGUGAAUAGCGAGCACGCUGUACUAAUGCGGCACCGCCAAGCAUGACAUAUUUUUAUUUUAUAUUUUUCCGAGGCUCUGUGUUGCAUAUUCCGCAUGAGGAACAGCGUUUUAUUUGCAUGACAAACGCGCAAGAGAGUUGGCCACACAAUACAACAAUGUUUAGUGCUUGUGCUAUGCCAGACUAGCAUGGGAGUUCUCGUCGCAUUCACUCCAGAUUAACCAGAGAUGUUUGCAAUGCAUAUGCUAGUUCCGCUGGUGGACCCCCUGCCGCGGCGGCAGCGCCGGGCACUCUGGCCACCAGCACGGGCGGCGCUCCUAUAACCCGCUCAGGUGUUACAAUCUCAUAACGUUACAACAGAGUCUGAGACUUGUCUUGCAUAAUGACAAUGAGCGUGACAGACUCGCAGAGCGUUCCAUUUUGUGCAAUACAAACUUGUUCGCCAGAUGAUUGUAGUGCGGUUUGGGACCACUUCGGAACUUGUCAUGCGCAAUCCUAGGAGAGUUGGCUAGAUAGUGCACCUAUUGCGUCACAGAUUUGCAUAUUCUAUUGUAAUGUUUGAGAUUGUACCACCUGAGUGGGUUAUAGCUCCCUUGCAGAGUUUCGAACUUUCGGAGGCUGAGCUUUCCCAUCUUGUCAACCUCGCACGGGUAUGAAUUGCAAAUAUGUCUGGGGCUGGAAUGAUGCAUUUCUGUAAUGCUAAGUGCGGAUCAUACCAAAAUAAAAUCUGUGUUGCAUGAGCGACAAACAAAGCUUUCUGCCUCCUGCGAUGCAAAGAGCAAGUUUCUCAUGCGGGAUAGGGGCAUCAAAAAGCCUGUGCGCAACCUGUGAUACUUUUGGGCGCAUAUGACGCCAUAAUUUGUGUGGUGCAGACGUUGCAUGACAAACAGGACCAUUCUCCCAGACCCAGACCUAUCUGCAGUGGAUAAAGGGACCAGGACGCAGCCUUCAAGGCCUUUCUUCGUGUAUCCUGUGCAAAAGUAUCGUACUCGUACUAAUUGCAAAUAUGCAUGACAAAUUCCUAGAGACAUAGAAUAUAUGGGCGAGACUAAUCCCUAUAGACAUAGACUAACUGCAAAUAUGCAUGACAUAGAAUAUAUGGGCGAGAGCCCUGCAAGACCGGGCGACGAAUGUAAGUCCAGACGGGAAAAACGCCAAAGAUACCCGCGCCUUCUGCUUAACUGUGUGAAUUAUUGUGUCGGCCCGGUCCUGUUUAGUCGCAGGUCGGUGUCCGUGAGAUCAGAACUCACAUGUUAAGUAACGCACGCCGGCUCCUAGCUUAGAAAAAAAAUGAUGAAUUUAUAUGCACUUAUCGCCCUACGGAGACUGUGAUCUGACCUCCCUCUACCUCAUCUGGUGGACGUCUGCCGCGGCUUACGGCUCUGGACGUUAACUAGGAUCGAGUGCGUUGUGCGGGUUUAGGGUUUUGAAACAUAAUUUUGUAUCUCCCACUGUUGCAUGCACCUGCUGCAAGAACUUGUCAUGCAAAACAACCUCCGGGUUGUUCCCGCGCUUCAGGAGUAGUUCUGUUGCGUGAGGGCGGCAGAAGAUGAAAAAAGGUGUUGGUUUAGGGGGUUGAAAAUGUUUGUGCAUGUGUAAUGCAAAAGAUGAAAAAGAUUCGCGCGUGGGAGCGCAUUUUUAAGCACAACGGGCGGGUGCCGUUCCCGCCGUCACACAAUCACAUACAAUACAAUAUGCGAAUGGGGCCCAAUCAAAAAAAAGAAUAUGCAUGACAAAUCUUCUUCCUAUGGUAAAACAGCAUGACAAAUUGCACUUCUCUUCGUGCCAAAAUUUGUAAUGCAAUUUAUACGUAGAAGUAGUACGAUACAAUACUUUUGCAAUGCAUAUCGCGCCGGUGGCGCAGAAAGCAGGUUUGCGCAAGAUGAGCUGGGACCAGCACAAGGUCAAGUAGACCUAGCGCGACCCAAUCGUCCCGUUAGAGACCAUAUCAAAUGCAACAAUGUCUGGGUCUGGAAAGUGGUAACUUGUGAUGCUGUCUAUGGAUUCCAAAAAAAUCUGUAUUGCAUGACUAGCAAAAGGAGUCCAGUUUGUGCUACACGGGGAGGGCAUUUCUCAUGCGGAAUAAGCAUCAGGAAGCCUUCUAAAGAUCUGGCACGCUAGGGCAUGCAUUACAGGCGUCAUUGGUCAUGCCAGACAAGCAUGACAAACCCGGUAACCUUACAGACCCAGACAUUUUUGCAUUUGAUAGACCUGAUGGGUGCGCGUGCGUCUUCGGCCGACCUGCAAGAAGAGGCUAGCUGCAGGAGUACUACUUCUACUAGAGCCAUCCAUCCUUCAUCCUCGAACACUCUGCCGCCGCAUUAUCCCAGCAAGAAAAAAAUGUCACAGUUGGUUCUACAUUGGUUGCAAGUUCAGCAACGCAGACUUUCUCUGUGUGACACCAGAGAAAUCUUCUUGGAUGAAUUAUGCAGCGAUCAAAAAUGAAGAGGAGUACACACGUACGUAUGACACUACUAGGCUCCUGAGCAACAUAAUUAAUUGAUUUCUCUGUCCUGCAUGACAGAUCUUGUUUAUCUUGGUUGGCCCGCAACACAAUGUGGAGUAACUGUUUACACUUUUUUCUUUGCAUACUCCUGCUUCAUCCUCCUCCGGUGGGAACAUCGUCGAUCAGCCUCCUUUAGGCAUUAUAAACAAAGCAUCGGACUUGAUGUACCCUACCAAUUGCGUUCAUGAAUGACAUCAGAUACUUAUGGCCUCCUUUUUGAUUUUUAGCAAGAUUAUUGUACAAAUUUCAUUUCUCAUCAACAUGGUAGGCGAAUUUGUGAUGCUGUUUCUGUUUGAACUUAGCACGAUGCUUUUGCGUUGCAUAUCUUUUCGGCGGGUACGCCUUGCAACUUCUCUAUUUGCGCUUCAAGGAGCACCAGAAGUGGUCGCAGCAGCAGGCGAGGGCGGGUAGUUGUGGCAGUAUUGGUACGAAAAGCAAGUUCGGGAAGACGUCGUCGAAAAGCAGCCUGCUGUCCACGCAGGAACUGUCCGCUGCUAGGAAAAGAUAUCCACUGCAAAUAUGUCUGCUGGGUGUGGAAGUGUGUACGUGUAGACAUUUGUCGUGCUGUUUUUGGAUCUGACAGAAGGUCUGGAAUGCACGCAUUACAUGAGAAGUUCUACUGCGGAGGCUUUCUCAUGCCCAGCCUGCAUGAGAAAAGACGUCUCCGGGAUAGUAUGUCUCUUUUGCAGACUAUGCAAGACAGAUUUUUCUGUGUUUCAAAAUCCGCAUAUAGAAGUUUACAUCCCUCCAGACCGAGACAUAUUUGCAAUGCAUAAAACGAGUGCCAGCACAACUUCGCCUGCUACCGCCGGUCGUCCCGGUCCGGAAAGCGAGGCGGAGGUGGACUCACCGGCAAUAUGACAGUGCACAACGCUGCUCCCUCGUCCCGCUCGUUUGUCAUGCAAAAUCCACCAACGUCCACAGUAAGUUGAAGUUCAUCUUGCCUUCACGGACUGUCUGCGGGACAGGUUCAUGAACUCUCGAAAUCGUGUCCUCUUCUCACUCCGGUGCGGUCGUGCAGAUUUGUCAUGCAGACGAGGCUCUCUGGCGGGACGUCCUGCCCGUAGAUCAUGCGGACGAGACCGCAUGACAUUCACCUUGACCGAUGCUUGUGUUGCUGCUGAUGCCCACCUUCAAAUGGGGGGGAGUGGGGACGAGGUCGUGCACUCUCAUACGCAAGCCGUGCCAGCUACGAAGGGGGAGCAGCCUCAAUAAACAUGGAUGUGGAGGGUGUCACGCGGGCGUCGGGGAACGAAGGCAGGCUGGGCGCGGCGGCUUCUUUUUCUCUCGACGAGGAUAUGAACUGCAAAAGUAUCGUACUCGUAUACAUGCAUUGCAAAUUUCCUCACCAUGAGAAAUGAAAUCUGUCAUGCUGCUUUACCCGAAGAAAAAGAUUUGUAAUGCAAGACUUGCAAUACGAGUACGAUACUUAUACUUUUGCAGUGGAUAGAGGAGGCAAGUAAAAACGGCAGGGAGAAACUGCAGCUGCUAUGAUCCACAGGAAUUUUUUUCCCGUAGUACACGAGGACGUACAAUUACAAAUGCGAUUACUGCAUGACAAACCUUCUCGCCGAUGAUCCUAUUCAGCAUGACAAGUGGCAGGAUCUGAGUUGACAAAAUUUGUGAAGCAUGGUUUUGUACGUGUGCUGCGGGAAAAAAUGACUUGUAUUGCAUAGCUGCCUUGGGUGCUCAAGAUGUUGGUCCGGCGUCGUGCCUAUCAAAUGCAAAUAUGUGGUCUGGGUCCUCAUCUUCUUCCCUGCGUACUAGUUGUACAAAGGUCGUUUUCUACUUCCCUUUGCUGUACUGAGGUCUUGUUUAUUAUGUAUUCCAGACAAAGAAAAGCAAAACACCAGACAUAUUUGCAGUUGAUAGUGCCUCGUCCGAGGACGUUCUUGGGCAGCGUCGUAGCCACCAACCUGCGGAAGUCCCGGAGGGGGCAGAUGAAUCUGUCCUGAACAAAAGCAAAGCCGCCGAAGCGCGUCGCGGGCGCGCAGAAGAGCAAACGGAGGUUGCUGAACUGUUGCGUGUAUCAAAUGUAAAAAUGUCUGGGUCUGGAAAGUUGUGGUGCAUGUCACUGAAUAAUAAGGACACUGUAAUGCGCCGCCAAGCAUGACAAGUUUUUUCAUGCUUCUGUGUUGCGUAUUCCGCAUGAGAAACUGCGUGUUUGCAUGACAGGCUAAGUAGAGGAGCUCUUGCUUGCCACGCAAUACAGAUCCCAGAGUCGUGUCAGACUAGCAUGACAAAUCUCGCAAUCUCCCAGACCCAGACAUUUUUACAAUGUAUAGCGUGCCGAGCGGUUUCUGACGGAGGUCGAAUCUCUCACCAAGGAGUAUGACCCGCUCAGACGUUACAAUCUCAACUGUUACAAAUACAAUAGAAUCUGGAAAUCUGUGAUGCAAGAACUGCAUGAUCUAGCCUACUCCCAUAGGAUUGCGCAUGACAAGUUUCGGAGUCCCAAACCCACCUCAAAUCCGGCAUAAUUUGUAUUUCGAAGCGCUCAAUUCUCUCUGCGUUCCUCAUGCUCUGUAUGCAAUACAAUUACAAAUUCCAGACUCUAUUGUAACGUUUGAGAUUGUAACGUUUGAGCAGGCCAUAAGGAGGAAGGCCAGCACCUCGCCCGGCCGCGGAGCCGCCCGGGUCCCUCGGCGUACGAGCAACAGUACUUCAUUCCUUUGUAUAAUAAGUGGACCUCUUCCAUCAACAGUGCGGCCACGUCGUCGCGCGACGCAGCUAGCGGCGCUUUUCCGCCGUCGCACGGCGCUUCCUUAUCAAAUGUAAAAAUGUCUGGGUCUGGAAGAUUGCCAGGUUUGUCAUGCAUAUUUUGAAUGACCCAUGAUGUCUGUGAUGCAUGCCCUAGCAUUACAGAUUUUUGGAACAAUUUGCGAUGCCUCUACCGCAUGAGAAAUGCCCUCUCCGCGUAGCUCAAACUGGAGUCCUCUUGCUGGUCAUGCAAUACAAAUUUUUUUCGAAUCCAGAGACAGCAUUACAAGUUUAGAAUCUUCCAGACCCAGACAUUUUUACAAUCCAUAUUCCUGCGACGCGAAACAAACGCAGCACAGCAAACGGCUGCCCAUCACUACCCAUGAGUAUCCUGAGUAAAAACGUACCCACACCAGAGUCAGGAUGGGGAUUUUGCAACACAAACCUACGAGCUUUGUGAGUCACGCAUGACAAGUUGCGCUAUGCGGUGUAGUGCAGGUUAGCAAGUGCAGCCGCAUCACAGAUUCAUCUGCUCAUCCUGUUCGCAGCAUCACAAAAUCCAAAACACGAUUGGAAAUGGCUCUCAUGGGGAUGCGCAUUACAAGUCUUCCUGUCUUUGCAAAUCUGCAUUACAACUCUGGUGUGGGUACGUUUUUACUCAGGAUAAUGAGAAAAACUGUGUUAGUCUAGGUGUUUUAUUGGGGUAAGAGCAGGACAACCUACUUCCCCUGCAUAACACAGAUAUCCUGUCAUUCACAGCUUCUACGUGAAAACACAUAGGAUUUCACAGUGGCUUCGGCUGGCUGGCAUAGCAAGGAAGUGUAACUGUGUUGCAUGCUAUUUACAUUUCACACAGUUCUUUUCUUGCAUAAUCACCGACAAACCCGUCCCCGCCAGCGUAUACGCUGUUCAGCAGCAGCAGUAUCUUCUGUGGCAGCAGCAAGAGCAACAGUUUUACUCGCAGCACACUGCAGCAGGAACUAGUAGUGCCAGCACUGGAGUUAUGCAAAGACAAAAAGUGUUACACUUACAGUUAAGUACACACUUUGUUGCAAAACGUCAGACAAACUUUGUCAUGCGCAAAAUGCUUACGAGACUUUAUUUUCCAUGUGUGAUGGGCCUUAUCAUCCCCGUAUUGCAACAAACUUUCUCUCUCAUGCAACGCAAGUUUAUAAUGCUGAAGCUGAACUCACUACAACGAAUGUGUUGUAAAAACUGGAAGGAAACACUUUAUUUUUCCUUGGAUAUUAGGAGUCGAGCUACCGUACCACAGAACAUCUAG